AUACCGACUUCAAAAUAGCCGACUGGAUCCCACUACUCUUCAUCGACUGUCAUUACGAAAACCACAAAGAAACGAAAACGAACCAAUAGAAAAUCAGUUCCAUGACCUUUCAACCAAGAUGGCGAACCCCGUUGUCUCAAUGAAGUUUUGGAAGCCAGGUACUGAAGGUCCAGGAACUGCCAUCAGUGAAGAAAGACAGAGUGCUGCAGAGGCUAGUGGAACUGCUGUGAUUUAUAACCCUCAUACUUCACUUUCCAUAGAACAGCAGAGACAAAGAUUACCUAUUUUUAAGCACAGAAACCAUAUCCUGUACCUGGUUGAGAACUAUCAGACAGUUGUGAUUGUCGGAGAAACAGGAUGUGGGAAGAGUACUCAAAUUCCACAGUAUCUAGCAGAAGCUGGGUGGACAGCAGAAGGAAGAGUAGUUGGGGUUACACAGCCACGCAGAGUUGCUGCUGUUUCAGUGGCUGGUAGAGUAGCAGAAGAGCGAGGUGCCUUGUUAGGCCAUGAAGUUGGAUACUGUAUUCGAUUUGAUGACUGUACAGAUUCACAGGCCACAAGGAUAAAGUUUCUUACAGAUGGAAUGCUAGUCAGAGAGAUGAUGGCAGAUCCUCUUUUAAAGAAAUACAGUGUUCUUAUGCUAGAUGAAGCCCAUGAAAGAACGUUGUAUACCGACAUAAGCAUCGGUCUGCUGAAAAAGAUCCAGAAAAAGCGAGGAGACCUUCGACUUAUUGUAGCCUCUGCUACUUUGGACGCUGAGAGAUUUAAAGAAUUUUUUAAUCAGAAUGAGACUGAGGAUGUCACCAAAGAUACGUGUGCAAUCCUGACUGUGGAAGGAAGGACAUUUCCUGUGGACAUCUUCUACACAUUAAGUCCUGUUCCAGAUUAUGUAAAAGCUACUGCAGAAACUGUGAUGAAAAUCCACCAGAAUGAGGGUGACGGAGAUAUUCUUGCAUUCGUAACUGGCCAGGAAGAAGUUGAAACUGUGGUUUCCAUGCUGAUAGAGCAGGCACGUCUCCUGGCUCGUUCAGGUAUGCAGAAGCACUUGCGCAUCCUCCCAAUGUAUGCUGGGCUACCUUCAUCCGAACAGAUGAAAGUAUUUGAAAGAGUUUCACAUAAUGUGAGAAAGGUGGUUGUGGCAACAAAUAUAGCAGAGACAUCUAUCACUAUAAAUGGGAUUGUAUUUGUAAUUGACUGUGGUUUCGUCAAACUGAGGGCCUAUAACCACAAAACAGGCAUUGAGUCCUUGGUGGUGGUUCCAGUGUCCCAGGCAUCAGCGAGUCAGAGAGCUGGUCGAGCAGGUAGAAAUCGCUCUGGAAAAUGUUACAGGCUUUAUACAGAAGAAGAUUAUGAGAGUUUGUUUCCAGCCACUGUUCCAGAGAUGCAGCGCAGUAAUAUGGCCCCUGUUAUCCUUCAGUUGAAAGCACUGGGAAUAGACAAUGUUUUACGAUUCAACUUCCUGUCUCCACCCCCAGCAGAGACAAUGGUCCAGGCUUUGGAACUGCUUUAUGCCCUUGGAAGUCUUGAUGACCAGUGCUGUCUAACUGACCCUCUUGGACUUAGAAUGGCUGAGUUCCCUUUGAAUCCCAUGUUUGCCAAAAUGUUGCUGGAGUCUGGGAACUUUGGAUGCUCUGAAGAAAUCCUAACUAUUGCAGCAAUGACACAGAUUCAGAAUGUUUUUGUUGUUCCACCUAACCAGAAAGCAGAAGCUGCUAGAGAGCAGCGGAAAUUUGCAGUGGCUGAGGGAGACCAUCUUACUAUGCUGAAUAUAUAUGAAUCAUUCCUAAAGAACAGUAAGAGUUCUCAGUGGUGUCAGCAACAUUUUCUAAAUUACAAAGGACUUAUCAGGGCCACAACAGUCCGAGAACAACUGAAAAAAUUAUUAACCAAGUUUAAGAUACCAAAGAAAUCCAGUGAAGGUGACCCUGAUCCUGUUCUGCGCUGCAUCGUUGCUGGAUUCUUUGCUAAUGCUGCCAAACUCCAUUACACUGGAUCUUACAGGACACUUCGGGAUGAUUAUGAACUGCAUAUUCAUCCAUCAUCAGUUCUGUAUGGUGAAAAACCUCCAGAAUGGGUUGUCUUCAAUGAGGUAAUCCAGACUUCAAAGUAUUUCAUGAGAGACAUCACUUUGGUUGAACCUUCUUGGUUGCUUGAGCUAGCUCCACACUUUUAUCAACAAGGAGUGCAACAGUCCUGGAAUGCAAAACGAGCCAAGGUGUCCUAAAGUGCAUAGAUGUCCAGAAGUUACAUAUUUCCAUGUGUUAUACUGCAAUACUCAGAAGUGCCGUAUAUGAUAAGAGGAUGCAGAGACUUCAUAUGUGAAAUACUGAUCUUUAUUUGAAUUGCAGCCUGUACAUUUUAUAAAGAAGUCUCAAAUAAUUGGAGAAUUUCAAGUUUUAACUUUUUUUUUUGCUGGAGCCAUAAAGUCAACUGUUUCUAAAUAAAACACAGCAGAAUUUAUGAAGAAUAAAGCACAUGAAUAUCUGUAUGUACAUAUAUUUUAAAGUGACAAGCUACAAUUGCAGCAGGAGGGAUUACUUUAAUCGCCACUGUAAAGGUAGUAAAUAAAAUGAUGCAAAUGCAUUUUUUUUAUUUAAUGUGUCAAAACAAAGAAGGUGUCAUAAUAGUAGUUUUUUCUAUGCAGAUCAAAUUUGCCACAGUAUAAUUUAUAGCAUUUUCAGAAAGCUGUUCUAUUGGUUAUGUGUAGAAAGACUAAUUUAAAGAAAUUGACAGACACAUCACAGUACAGAUUUUUGUGAGGACAAGAAGAGGGAAAAAUUGUUCAUCCCCACCCAACAGAGUGGAAGGCUUUGCUUCCUCCUGUACCUCUGCACUCAGCCGAUGGUGAUGCCACCAUUCAAACAGACAGCUGUCGAUGCCAGAGGGGUUUACCUUUAAUCUAUUAGCCAGUUCUCCCUUUUCCUUCCUUAAGAGAUUAAGGAGUAUAGACACAGUGGCUGUCAGAUAGAGGUGUUACUAAUUUCUACAAGAGAUAUAAUUCAAAAGCACCCUACUCCCCCCACCCUGCCCCUUUACAAGAAGAGACCUCUCAUCUGGUGUUUGAUCUUUACCAAAGAUCCUUGAUAGGAAAAUUGCCUCAAAGACAUGUGUCUCACCCCUACCUCGAGAAGGAAUGAGGGAUCUACCCCAUCAUCCCCCCCCAGGCCUGGGUUGUCUGUGCCAUAGUCAGGGUUCCAUCCAUCCUUCUAUGCCACAGAACUGGCAAAUGUAGACAGAUUUAAGAGGGAUGAGAACACAGCAAAGCCCUUUGCUGUCUUCCAGGAAACCACUUGUUAUAGUGAAACUUCAUUUACUGGGUAAAAUGCAUGUGGGGUUAAAGUUUCCAUAGACAAUACAAUUUUGACAUAUUGUGUCUCCCAAAAUAUUAAUUUUCUGAAGCAAAAGUUAUGGAAAAGGAAGGAGGCAUUCCACGUUAUCUUUCUGUACAGUUUUUCUUGUACAUACCUGUUACUUUUAGCAAAAAUCCACCUUGUUGUGGCUACCUCCACAAAAUAUUUCCUUUAUCUGUUUUAUUGUAUGUAGCAGCAGGAUCUGUUUGCAAAACUGACUUAUGAGCAAAUAAAACCUGCUGGUUCCUAGUAAUAUUUUAUCUUUAAAACGUUGACUGAAAUUUUUGGCAUGGAAAAAGGUUGGCUAAGUGUGGCAGUAUAUAUGAUUUAAGAGUAAAUCUGACAGUUAAAGCAUGUAAGAAAUAUUGCUUAGAGAGGUAUAUGUGUUUGAAAGAAAGGGAUUAAUUAGUCAUAGUGAAUCUGUAAGGAGAAAGAACUGAGGAACUAGUCAGAAUGAUGUCAUUUUCAGAAAUAUCACAAAUGCAUAAGAAAUAUAGAAGUGUUGCUGUAACAUUGCUUCAUUUCAUGUACAUUUUUUUAUAAUUUAUUUAUUGUUUUAUAGUUGACACUGUAUUUUCCUAUAACUUUAAAUGCCUGAGUUAUAUAUUUUUGAAAGAAAAAGAAAAUGCAA